GGACAUAUCCAAAGCAACACUUCUCAGUGUAAGAUGUGGGGAAAAGGAAGCAAUCGGGGCACAAUGGCUUCCCUCAUUACCACUCUUCUAGUGGUGGUGUUGUCUCUUAGCUUGCCACUGGAGACCACUGCAAACAACUACUACUACACCUCUCCUCCACCGCCCAGGAAAUCUCCUCCUCUACCCUCUCCUCCUUACCACUACCAAUCUCCACCACCACCGAAGGCUCCAUACGAGUACAAGUCACCCCCACCACCAACCCCAGUUUACAAAUAUAAAUCACCACCGCCUCCACCAAUCCGUAAGCCUCAUCCACCACCAACCCCCGUCUAUAAAUACAAAUCACCACCACCACCAACCCCAGUGUACAAGUACAAGUCUCCACCUCCACCACCCAAGAAGCCCUAUGAGUACAAGUCUCCUCCUCCACCACCAAAGGAACACUACCAACCACCCCAUGAGCACCACCCUCCUACUCCAGUGUACAAAUACAAGUCUCCUCCUCCACCACCUAAGGAACACUACCAACCACCCUAUGAGCACCACCCUCCUCCUACUCCAAUGUACAAAUACAAGUCUCCUCCACCACCACCUAAGGAACACUACCAAGCACCACAUGUGCACCAUCCUCCUCCUACUCCAGUCUACAAAUAUAAGUCUCCUCCACCACCACCAAAGGAACACUACCAACCACCCCAUGAGCACCGCCAUCCUCCUACCCCAGUGUACAAAUACAAGUCUCCUCCACCACCGCCAAAGGAACACUACCAACCACCCCAUGAGCACCACCCUCCUCCUACCCCAGUCUACAAAUAUAAGUCUCCUCCUCCACCACCAAAGGAACACUACCAACCACCACAUGUGCACCAUCAUCCUCCUACUCCAGUCUACAAAUAUAAGUCUCCUCCACCACCACCAAAGGAACACUACCAACCACCCCAUGAGCACCGCCCUCCUCCUACUCCAGUGUACAAAUACAAGUCUCCUCCACCACCGCCUAAGGAACACUACCAACCACCACAUGUGCACCAUCAUCCUCCUACUCCAGUCUACAAAUAUAAGUCUCCUCCUCCACCACCAAAGGAACACUACCAACCACCCCAUGAGCACCGCCCUCCUCCUACCCCAGUCUACAAAUACAAGUCUCCUCCACCACCGCCUAAGGAACACUACCAACCACCACAUGUGCACCAUCCUCCUCCUACUCCAGUCUACAAAUACAAGUCUCCUCCACCACCACCAAAGGAACACUACCAACCACCCCAUGAGCACCGCCCUCCUCCUACUCCAGUGUACAAAUACAAGUCUCCUCCUCCACCACCAAAGGAACACUACCAACCACCCCAUGGGCACCACUCUCAACCAAAGCACAAGUACCCACCACCAUCACCACCUAAGGCACCCUACAAGCCUCCCACUCCAGUCUACAUCUACAAGUCGCCGCCACCACCACCGGUCUACCAUUACAGUUCACCUCCUCCUCCUCAUUAUAACUAAGAAAGGCUUAGAGAGGCAAAAUGGAAAGAGGUUUAUUAGGAUGGCGAAAUAAAAAGGAGGGUUCCUGAUCUUCAUUGUAAGAGAAGGAAAGCAAAUUUAAUCUCCUCGCGUGAUUCUUGUUUUUGAGAUAGACUAGUAAUAAUCAUGGAAAAGGGCCAGGUUGGAAAGGGAAGAAAGGGAGAAGAGAGAGAAUUUUAAUCAUUUUCCUGUAAUAGUACAAUUAAUAUAAUAUAUUAAUGGUAAACGUUUUAUGCAUGGGCCUGUGUCUGUAAUCAACAUUUUAUAGAUGCAUCUGUUCAGCUUUUGUUA